UAAGAGAGCUAACACAGAAAUGAUCGACCCUGACUUGGACGACACACAUCUCUGCAUCAAAUGCAAGUCCACGGUUGUCGGCCUAGAAGCUUACAUCGCACAUCGAAAGACGCAGUGUACCAACCUCAACAGUACCGCCGUGCGAGAGAAGAAGGAUCAUGCCACGCCACAUGCGGAUCACAACGAAAUAAUUUCCACGCCACGCGCACAUCUCGAUCACACUUACGACACAUUUUCAUUUACGGAACCAGAACACUUCAAUAAAGAGUCAACACAUGGCGGCAAGACAACCAAAUCACUUGCCGACUCUUAUGAGCUACCCUACGAGCUGGGCGCUGAUGUCUUUUUCUCCUCAUUACAGCUGCAGAGCGUACAAUCGGCAGGACCCUCAACAAGUGGUAAACAGAGUUUGGGCGCACACAAUCAAACGUUAACAACGCUACCGCAGCGCCAACAGAAAACCGAUUCUGCUGAAAAUAUCGCGUCGGCUGACGGGCCAUGGAUGUCGGAUACACACGCUGCCAGUGGCGGUAAUGUGGAACAACAAACAAAGAACUACGAAGUUUAUAAGCCCAUAACCUACAUACACGAAUCACCCGAAGCUAGCGAAGAGGAAGACGAUGAUGUGGAAGUGGAGGGGGAGAUGGAUGAUGACGAUGAGGAUUACGAUCCUUUAGAGGAUGCGCAUGCAAGUGGCGGUAAAUGGAAGCCGCCAACAAUGCGACACUCACCGCCCGUGGUGCCGGAAUCACAUACCGGCGGCAAGUGGCGUCCAGAGCAACGACCAACAUUGCAUGUCGCACACGCGCAACUCACACGUAUCUCACCAAACUGGGAUGAGCACGUCGAAGAGCUAGACACCGUUGAGGUGCUCGAAGGCCAACAUCCGCCCGUCGGGCAUACUAAAGGUAAGUGGAUACCAGGCACCAAAAUGCAGCGCCUCGAAUACAAGGAGGAAGUAGUCGAACUUGCAAAGUCGGCAAAUCAAGAAUAUUGGUGCAAUAUUUGCUGUCGUCGCUUGAAGAACAAGACAAAUUAUGAGAACCAUCUAAAAACCGGUUAUCAUUUGAAACGCGCCGAGCCCGAAAGACAAUUGGAAAAAGCGGAGUUGGGUGAUAUUCUUCAUGGCGAGUUGAGUAAAAGUCUGGUGAUAGAGGUUGAAGAGACGAAGGCUUCCAAUCGCAGUGGCUGUACCAAGAAACGCAAACGACGCGCCAACUUCAUUAAAUGUCAGCUCUGCAAACUCAGCAUGUUGCGCCAUCUAGUGGGCAAACACUUGAUCUCACACUACCACUACAGACGUAUGCAAAAUAAUCCCACGAAGUCGCUGCAUAUGAUACUGGAGAAUAUACACUCUAUAGUCUUACAGUCGCCGUUCCAGUGUCGGCCAUGUCGCUUCUAUACCAACACUGAGGAGAUGUUCCUGCAACACUGGAGCUCAUCAACGCAUCAGGACGCUACGGAAGGACUCGGAAAGUUUUGGUGUAGCUACUGUCACUUCGAAUGUGAGGAUAACAAUCAAAUGCGACGCCACUUGCUCGGCGUCGAACAUAAAGAAGUCAUACUCGCCAUUAACCGCUCGGUGCCGAUCUGCAUUAGCAAACCAUUGAGCUUCGACUGUAAUCGCUGUGGCGAUAAGUUUCGUUACAACGCCGAACUGCGUAGACAUAUGUUAGACUGUCAUCCGGGUAAGGAGCUGUGUGGCACCAUUUCGAAUGAAUAUCAAAACCGUUACGAAUGUACAACAUGCGCAGACAUGUUUCGUUCGAAGAUCGCAUUGCAACGACACGAGAAGAACAAGCACAGCAUCAAUAAAUAUUUCUGCUCGAUAUGUAAAAUGGUAUUCAAUACGCCAUGUCAGGCGCGCCGGCAUCGAAAAACGUUGGUGCAUCGUAAGUGCGCUGCUGAGGCGGCGAAGAGCCUAGGUGUGAGGCGGACGACGGCUGUGAAGAAUGUCAAUAGUUGCGGCAAAUGUGAUUUCAUCGCCUCAUCCGACGUAGAAGCCAUGUUACAUGAGCUCGCACACCAUAAGAGCGGUGCUGAUUGCAAUGUGGCUAAUAAAACAAUCAGCAGCACCGCGUGCGCUGGCAAAAACAAUAAACUCGAGCAAAAACCAACCAAACCAAAAGUUAUCGAGUUACCAAAGCUCAAAUGUAAGGACUGUGUCGAGUUCUUCGACUGUAAAGAGUCGCUAAAGGAACACCGUGACGUCUCACAUCCCCUACUGAGCCAUGUCUGCUUGAGCUGUGGUGAGAGUUUUGCGUUGCCACAAGCAUUAGGGCGUCACACACGCAACUGCCAGCCGAAAGCAAGCACAUCGAAGGCUGCGGCUGAAAUUAAGAAAUGUGGAGAAAAUAGCUUCAGCUGCGACUUGUGUGAUUUCAGCGCCCCCUUUGAAUCGGAGCUGAUAUUUCAUCGUCUUCAUCACACACUCGGCCCAUUGAGCAAAACUCAAAUUAUCGAAUGUCCAAUUUGUUCGAAGGAGUUUCGCAAAUACUCGCUCCGUUGCCAUUUACGUCAGCAUACAAAUGAGAAGAAUUUCAUUUGCGAAGUCUGUGAUAUGAAAUUUGCUCGCAGCCAUAAUCUUAAGGAUCACAUGAAGUCAGUGCAUGGCGUUCCGGUGAAUGAAGGGAUGAGUGUUGAACUAACGACCUCGGCAAAUCCGGAGCCUACGACGGCUAAAAAGCCAAAAAAAUUGAGCAGCGAGUUGGCUUGCAGCUCUUGUCCCAAAACAUUCAGUUCAUCUUAUAUGCUAAAGAAGCAUAGUGUGAGCCAUGCCGUUUCGCCGUCGGGGAACCUCGAAAAUUCAUGCAAAUUCGAAAACUGUAAAUAUGUUGCCGCAAGUGCAACUUUACUACGCGUCCAUGCUGCAUCACAUGCCAAGGAGCAAUUGAAAUGCAGUGAGCCAUCUUGCAGCUAUGAAGGGAAGAGUUUGUUGCAUUUGAAGAGGCACUCACGCACACACCUCGCUCCAACUAAAUUGUAUGCCUGCGACAAAUGUGAAUUCAAAGCGCGCAUUAAAGGUCACAUUAGACGUCAUAUGCUCACACAUUCCGGCGAGAAACCCUUCCGCUGUCCACACUGCCUAUUCCGCUGCAGUACCUUUGACAAUCUACGCAAGCAUGUGCUCAAAACAGGCAAACAUCCGGGUAAAUUUAUAUACGAAUGUCAGCGCUGCGCAAAAGGCGAGCAGCAGCAGCGAAAGUCUUUCAAAACAAACUCAUAUGUGGAGUUUCAAGCACAUAAAGCUGCAAUGCAUGCGCAUGCUUUGGAAGAAGAGAGCAAGAGGAGCUAAAUAAGUUAAUGAAUGAAA